AACUACACGAUCGAAGACAGCAUGGCCUACCAUCCACCAAAGAAGCGUUAUACCGAGCUCAAGCGAACGCUCAAGACUCGGCAUAUCCAGAUGAUUGCUGUCGGCGGUGUCUUGGGAAACGGUCUUUUUAUAGGUUCGGGUAAAGUGCUGGGAAACUCUGGCCCGCUCGGUAUGUUGCUGGGCUUUUUAAUC